AUGAUGAAUUUGUCAAUGUUUUUAGAUGUCUAGCCAAAGGCAUAAUCUCAAUCAGAAAUUUUCAAAACCUAUAAGCUCACUGAUUUCCCUGUGAAUAAGAAAAGAAUUUGCUGUCUACAAUGGAAUAAAAGUGGUUCUAAAUUGGCCAUUGGCUCAUAUGAUACAACUAUAAAGAUGUUUUCUUUAGAUGGCUACGGAUUAACUAAGACCUAGGAAUAUAAAGGUCACUCAGAUUAAGUAGAGUCACUAGCUUGGCAUCCAACAAACGAAUCUGUAUUCGUGACUACAUCAAUGGAUAAGACAAUUAGAAUAUGGGACGCAAAGGCGGGUAAAUAGGUCAGGAGUGACAAGACAAAGGAGGAGAAUUUGAGCCUUACUUUCAAUCCAGAUGGAAACAUUUUAGGAGUUUCUAAUAUAUAAGAAGAACUUUGUUUCUAUGACUUCAGAAUGUGGAAAAUUAUCAAGCAGAUAAAAUUUAAGAAUGAGGUUAAUGACUUUACUUGGGACAAGUCAGCUAAUGGAUAGGCAUUAUUAGUAGCUGAUUCUUCAGGUGCUAUCUCUGUUUUUAAUGGUCAGACUCUUUCAUCCUAACCUCUCGCAACUUUGAACUAUCACUAUACACCCUGCAACUCUCUAGCUGUUGAUCCAAACAAUAACUACUUUGUCUCAGGUGGUAGUGACUCGCUAAUAUGCCUCUGGGACAUGCAAGAAUUUAUCACUUUUAAUACCAUCUCAAAUAAUGAUUUCAAGGUACUAGCUUUAAAUAUUUCUUAUGAUGGGUAAUAUAUUGCCUCAAUCAGUGAAGAUGACUUUAAUAAGAAAUUCUACGUCGAAGUCUAUGAGGGACUUACUAAAAAUAAAUCCAAUGAGGAAGCUAUAGAUAUUGAUUCCUAAUACAGUUCUUCAAGUAAUGGAUUUGGAGGACUAAAUACAAAGCAGACUCUUUAUAGUUAUAGCUCUUCUUCAAGUAAGAUAUGCCUUUAAUGGCAUCCAAAGAGGAAUAUACUUGCUUUUGCAGGCGAGGAGAAGAAUGAGGGUCUAGUUCAUUUACUUCACCCAACUGUCUGA